GCCGGCGAUAAGACCAUCAACUAUUCUGUACCCGACCACAUGCUUUCACACUCGGCCUAUCCUCUCUACCCUCCAAUCUCAUAUGGGCCUGAUGAGAUAGGACAUGCGCCGGGUGCCAUGACACCUUCGGACGUGUCAUCCUCGAUUUCACCUCCAAAUGGCCAAAUCGGCAACAGCAAGUACAGUACUCAGAUCUCAGGAGACCAUAUCGCUUCUGCUCUCGGAAAUGAAGAGCAUUCUCGUCGGGCUGCCGAGGAGGACCGACGACGCCGUAACACUGCUGCAAGCGCCCGAUUUCGCAUGAAGAAGAAGCAGCGCGAACAAGUGCUCGAGCGCACUGUCAGAGAGACAACCGAGAAAAACGCCUCACUUGAGGCGCGAGUUGCCCAGCUUGAAAUGGAGAACCGAUGGCUCAAGAACCUCUUGACUGAGAAACACGAAGCAACAUCUACUCGCAUGCCGCCUCCAUCAGAGUCAAUGGGCCACCAAAGUACCACCGUGGCCGGAAGCGGGCAAAAACAUAUUCAGCCAAAAAAGAAGGGCGUCGGCACAGAUAACUAGGCAUUAAAAUGAAGUUUAGUGCUUUAUUUGUGUCGUUAGCUUGUUUUGGUUGUGGCCGUUUCCUGUUCUGUUUACUUCAUACCUGGGAUUGCGAUUUUUGUUUUCUUGGAAUCAUUCGGAACUCCUUCAGUUCACAUUCGGCUCCACGAGCCAUCUAUAUGGAGGUGGAGCGAUCUGACGAUGUAAUGACCUUUCUGUUUUGUGCUAUCUUCUACAGUUGUGCUGUGUUAUGCUCGAUUCGUUCACUUGUUAAACAUCUACUGGGAUCUGUUGCAGGGUGUCGUUGCUGUGUUGCCAUGUUGAUAGGGGUUAGAGGCUAAGGGAAAUGGGGAUACGAUCCGUUAUGGCCAGGAGCCGGCCCUCAUCUCUUUCAUUUGUGUCGUAUAUAAGCUGCUUUCGGAGUUUUUGGCUGGGCUACGUUUUUGGGUUGAUAAAGCAGCAAUCUACAGAACAAUUCCCGACUUGAUUGAUUCGUUGAUAAUGCAC